AUGGCGGCGCCGCAGCACUUGACCUGUCUCUGUGGACUCGUAAAAGAGCCCGCGUCUCUGCUUGCAUCCUCAGAAGGUCCAUUCGAGGGUAGCAUCUGUCACUGCGAUACAUGCCGGCAUACAACGGGAGCGUUAGGGACCUGGUAUGCCACACUCAAACGCAGCCCGAGCGAGGAGAGCCUAAGCCAUACAACUGCCUACAAAACUUCAAGCAAAUAUACGCGGUUCUUCUGUAAGCAAUGUGGGUGCCAUGUCUUUGUACGGUCUGAGCGUGACGGGAGAUGGCUGGCCUGCGCAGGCAUCGUCGAGACUGAUAUUAGGCGGGUUGAGGGCGAAACCAAAGAGGGAAGGCUUGACAACGUCGCAAGAGUGACAUUUCACGAAUAUGUCGGCGAUGCACACGACGGCGGGAUCGCACCGUACAUGACUCGCCUGGGCGGGAGAACUGUCCCUUGCUUCCUCACAGAACCAGAUGACGGCGCUGAGCCUAUGCCCGAGAACGAACUCCAGAGAUUGCGAACCAAAGGACUCAACGAAGCGUCCCAGGGAAGAAGCGAAUACUUGCCAGUGGCAUGUCACUGCGGCGGUGUCCAGUUGCACAUAGUACCGCCUGCCUACGACCAAGGACAAAAAGACUGGUACGUACCUUCAGACCGGAGCAAGUACUAUGCACGAUUCUGCUGCUGCAGAUCAUGCCGUCUCACCCUGGGAUUCUCGAUGCAGCCAUGGACGUAUAUCCCGCCCGGACAGAUCUUGACAGCACAGGAAGAGCCAGUCAUCUUCGGGCCAAAGGCCAAGGACGCGGUCCAAAUCGCAGGACUCAAGCAUUAUCAGAGUUCAGAGUUUGUGUUGCGCAGCUUUUGCACGACUUGCGGCGCAACAAUUUUUUACCAGAGCUUCGAGCGGCCAUACAUCAUCGAUGUCAGCGUCGGAGUGGUCAGAUCUGCAAUUGGCAAUGCGCUGGCUGGAGAAUGGCUGCAGUGGGAUAGGAGCAUGGUGAGCAAGAGAAAUGAGGCCGUGGACAAUGAGUUGGUGGACGCGUGGUUGAAGGCUUGA